AUGACAACCGUCCUCACCACCAGCACCACCCCUAUCAAACCCUCACCCAGCACCACCCCUAUCAAACUCUCACCCAGCACCACCCCUAUCAAACCCUCACCCAGCACCACCCCUAUCAAACCCUCACCCAGCACCACCCCUAUCAAACCCUCACCCAGCACCACCAGCACCACCCCUAUCAAACCCUCACCCAGCACCACCCCUAUCAAACCCUCACCCAGCACCACCAGCACCACCCCUAUCAAACCCUCACCCAGCACCACCCCUAUCAAACUCUCACCCAGCACCACCAGCACCACCCCUAUCAAACCCUCACCCAGCACCACCCCUAUCAAACCCUCACCCAGCACCACCCCUAUCAAACCCUCACCCAGCACCACCCCUAUCAAACCCUCACCCAGUACCACCCCUAUCAAACCCUCACCCAGCACCACCCCUAUCAAACCCUCACCCAGCACCACCCCUAUCAAACCCUCACCCAGCACCACCCCUAUCAAACUCUCACCCAGCACCACCAGCACCACCCCUAUCAAACCCUCACCCAGCACCACCCCUAUCAAACCCUCACCCAGCACCACCCCUAUCAAACCCUCACCCAGCACCACCCCUAUCAAACCCUCACCCAGCACCACCCCUAUCAAACCCUCACCCAGCACCACCCCUAUCAAACUCUCACCCAGCACCACCCCUAUCAAACCCUCACCCAGCACCACCCCUAUCAAACUCUCACCCAGCACCACCCCUAUCAAACCCUCACCCAGCACCACCCCUAUCAAACCCUCACCCAGCACCACCCCUAUCAAACCCUCACCCAGUACCACCCCUAUCAAACCCUCACCCAGCACCACGCCUGGAGUGCAUGACCGAGGGGACAGGGUCCAGCAUCAAGGUCGUGACGAGUUUGGCAUGGCAGCCAUUAUAUCCGGGGUCGUUGCCGCUAUUGUUGUACUUCUUGUCCUGGCUAUCAUAGCGGCCUUGUGGUACAGAAGAAGACGGUUGAAUGGAAACGUGCCAAAUUCAAGCAACCAAACAGUGGUUUUCGGGACAAGUAUGAAUGCCGCCAUCCACAAAGAGGACCGUGACGGAAAUCACCAGGAUGCUGCUUCGGGUCCAGAUAACAAUGCCUUAGCACUGGAUUAUAGCGAGUAUGACUUGCCGGUUAUCACGAAGGAAGCCCCAGACUACGACUACGACCCUGUCCACAUGGAAUCGUGCGAGGACUUUCUAGCGGGGCCUGAUUAUGAAGGAACAGAAAAAUCCUUGAAUCCAGAAGAGUCAAAUGAAGCCACUUUAAUAUGUAGCAUCGCUCCUAGUCUCGUGAUGGGACCUGAUUCAGCAUCAGCUGAAAGCCCAGCGCCAGACCUGCCAUCCUCGGUCACCAUGACAAUAUCACCACAGAAAACUGCAACAAAACCUUCAACUUUUCAACCACAAUCUUCAACUCGACAUCCACUUACAUCCAUAACCACACGCACCACCCCUAUCAAACCCUCACCCAGUACCACCCCUAUCAAACCCUCACCCAGCACCACCCCUAUCAAACCCUCACCCAGCACCACCAGCACCACCCCUAUCAAACCCUCACCCAACACCACGCCUGGAGUGCAUGACCGAGGGGGCAGGGUCCAGUAUCCACAAGGUCGUGACGAGUCUGGCAUGGCAGCCAUCACCUCCGGGGUCGUCGCCGCUAUUGUUGUACUUCUUGUCCUGGCUAUCAUAGCGGCCUUGUGGUACAGAAGAAGACGGUUGAAUGGAAACGUGCCAAAUUCAAGCAACCAAACAGUGGUUUUCGGGACAAGUAUGAAUGCCGCCAUCCACAAAGAGAACCGUGACGGAAAUCACCAGGAUGCUGCUUCGGGUCCAGAUAACAAUGCCUUUGCACUGGAUUAUAGCGAGUAUGACUUGCCGGUUAUCACGAAGGAAGCCCCAGACUACGACUACGACCCUGUCCACAUGGAAUCGUGCGAGGACUUUCUAGCGGGGCCUGAUUAUGAAGGAACAGAAAAAUCCUUGAAUCCAGAAGAGUCAAAUGAAGCCACUUUAAUAUGUAGCAUCGCUCCUAGUCUCGUGAUGGGACCUGAUUCAGCAUCAGCUGAAAGCCCAGCGCCAGACCUGCCAUCCUCGGUCACCAUGACAAUAUCACCACAGAAAACUGCAACAAAACCUUCAACUUUUCAACCACAAUCUUCAACUCGACAUCCACUUACAUCCAUAACCACACGCACCACCCCUAUCAAACCCUCACCCAGUACCACCCCUAUCAAACCCUCACCCAGCACCACCCCUAUCAAACCCUCACCCAGCACCACCAGCACCACCCCUAUCAAACCCUCACCCAACACCACGCCUGGAGUGCAUGACCGAGGGGGCAGGGUCCAGUAUCCACAAGGUCGUGACGAGUCUGGCAUGGCAGCCAUCACCUCCGGGGUCGUCGCCGCUAUUGUUGUACUUCUUGUCCUGGCUAUCAUAGCGGCCUUGUGGUACAGAAGAAGACGGUUGAAUGGAAACGUGCCAAAUUCAAGCAACCAAACAGUGGUUUUCGGGACAAGUAUGAAUGCCGCCAUCCACAAAGAGAACCGUGACGGAAAUCACCAGGAUGCUGCUUCGGGUCCAGAUAACAAUGCCUUUGCACUGGAUUAUAGCGAGUAUGACUUGCCGGUUAUCACGAAGGAAGCCCCAGACUACGACUACGACCCUGUCCACAUGGAAUCGUGCGAGGACUUUCUAGCGGGGCCUGAUUAUGAAGGAACAGAAAAAUCCUUGAAUCCAGAAGAGUCAAAUGAAGCCACUUUAAUAUGUAGCAUCGCUCCUAGUCUCGUGAUGGGACCUGAUUCAGCAUCAGCUGAAAGUACUGAUAGAACGUACGAGAGCUUGAGAAAUCCAGCAAGCCAUAUCUAUCAGUCACUGAACAAACAAUGUUAG